GUGCCUGAAGGAACAUCGGAUCUCGGGUCAGGUUAUGCGACUCAUGUUAUAAAGUGUGGCGCAGCGGUUAUUCAGACCCCGCCCCGCCACACUCACGGCGGGGUUGCGUAACUUCGAUCUGGGCUGCUAGCCCAACUGGUAACAGGAUCUGUCAUCAACGCCGGGUUGAGACUGUAAAUAUCUAUCUCUGGACGACAUUUUGUUAUCCAUCUCGAACUUUUGUCUUACUACACUGUCCAUCGAUCUUUGAUCGCACUACGAGCACCCCAAGAGCCCGACAUGCAAGUGUAGGGUAGAUAACAACCAACAAAGAGUGAAGAUGGCGGAUUUCGAAGCGCCACCAGGGCCACCACCCCCAAAAGUGCCAGAGGGAUGGAAAGCCCAAUGGAACGACCAAUAUAAAGAAUGGUUCUUCGUCAACAUCUACACCAAGAAAUCCCAAUGGGACAAGCCCACCGCUCCCGUCUACCCUCCCGACUCCUCCACGCCCCCCACCGGCGCACCCCCCUCCUACGGCGGCGCCACCCAACCCACCUCCGACGCGAAGGUGAACCCCUACGACACCCCCAACGCGACCAAAAGCACCGUCGACGAGGACGCCCGUCUGGCCGCCCAGCUACAAGCUGAGGAAGACCAACGCACGCGCGGCCAGAACCCCAACUACGGCGGCGGCGCACCCGGCGGCGGAUACCCCAGCAACAGCGGUAGCCCCUUUCCAGAGGAGCAGCAGCGCGGGGAGAAGAAGAAGGGCGGGUUCCUCGGCAAGCUGAUGGGCGCCGCGAGCUCCAAGACCAGCGGCGGAGGCAGCCAUGGAUACCCGCAGCAACAGCAAGGGUAUGGCCAGCAGCAGAUGUACCCCCAACAAGGCUAUGGACAGCAGCAGCAGAUGGGGUACCCACCACAGGGCUACGGACAGCCGCCGAUGGGGUACGGACAGCAGCCGAUGUAUGGCCAGUAUGGCGGCGGCGGGUACGGCGGGUAUCCGCAGCAGCAGCAGCGGAGACAGGGAGGUGGUGGUAUGGGGAUGGCAGGCGGCGCGGCGUUAGGUUUGGGAGGAGGGUUGAUUGGAGGCAUGUUGAUUGCUGAUGCGAUGCAGGACCAUGACCAGGAUCAGUAUAAUCAGGGAUAUGAGGAUGGUGGCGGUGGAGAUGAUGGGGGUGGUGAUUAAGUGUGUUUGAGGCGAGGUUAGAGAGGAGGGGCGGCUGGAUUAUUCGUGGCUGGGAGGUUGCGUGCAUUUCGAUGUUUUCGUCGUUAUGGUUCUGUGGCUGAUUGCGCUGAUGAAGUCGUAGAUAGUCACGGGGGACCGGUUUGGACUUCUUGAUUAAUACGAGCAAUCUGUUAUCUCUUCACUUACUUGUUCCCCAAAAAGUGAUCCGCAUACUUCCUAAUCAGUGUUCCAGAGCGCAACAACCAGAUUUUGCAACCGCCGUGCGGCUCGUGAUAAUCCUAUAUAAACUACUGACGGUGUCAAACAAAUCGUUUCCAUGC